AUGUUAAAACUAAUCAUCUUACUUAAUAUCUUUUUUCUAAAUGUCACAUCAUUCAUAUCAUUAAUAAAAUUCUACGAAAACAUUCAACAAAAUGAAACAUUAUUUAAUUGUAACGACAUACCUAAUUUAACUAACCGUCAAAGAUCAAUUUGUUAUAAUCAUGGAACUUCUUUUGAAGAUAUUUUGAAUGGUAUUGUUAAAGCAAAAGUUCAUUGUACAAAUUUAUUUCAAAAUGAUGUUUGGAAUUGUAAAGAAACUAACGAAGAUAAUGUGUUUGGUUUUGACAUAUCAAAACUUCAAAUUAAAGAAAAAGCUUUUGUUUAUGCUUAUGCUUCGGCUGCUGCAACUAUUUCUGUUGCUAAAGGAUGUGCCAGAGGAAGUAAUCCUAGGUGUAAUUGUGGUUCAAUGCCUGAAAAUGAAAUUGAUAUGGAAGAGAAAUAUGGUUUCAGGUGGAGUGGUUGUUCUGACAAUAUAAAAUAUGCCGGAAAUGUUGUGAGGCACUUUUUUGAUCAUCAAAAAAAGAAUAGUCAUCCUGGUAUUUUAAUGGAUAAUCAUAAUUUUAUGAUUGGAAGAAUCAUGGCUAAGAAAAGUUAUAAAAAAGUUUGCAAAUGUCAUGGUAUUAGUGGGUCUUGUCAAACAAAGACUUGUUGGAUGAGUACAGGUAGUAUUGAUGAAAUUGGAGGUGAUUUGAAACAGUUAUUGAAUUCAGCUAAAAUUAUUAAAACACACAACACCAGAAGUGUUGAUGCCAGAGGUGGAAGCUUAUCUUUUUCCCGUGAUUUAAUAUACUAUGAUUCUUUUAGUAAUUUUUGUCAAAAAAAUGGAACUUUAGGAAUAUCUGGUGUAUCAGGAAGAGAAUGCUUUUCACAGGAACAUUGUAAUGAAUUAUGUUGCGAUAAAGGUUUCACCUCACAUAUGGAAUUAAUUGAAGAACCAUGUAAUUGUAAAUUUGAAUAUUGUUGUCAGGUGAAAUGUAAAAGCUGUCGAAGAAUUGUAACCAAAAACUAUUGUAAAUAA